UAUGCUGCUCUUUUUUUUCCUCUUUAUGGUUUAGUUUUACACCCCAAACAGUAAACAAUAUUUUGACUAAUCAGCCUAAUAGAGCUUAUACCUUCGAGAAACACUUUAUACGAGUGUCUUAUGCAUGUUUAGUCGCCUUUGCGAUUGUUUUCACUAGUCUUUUUAUUUGCGUUGUUUUCUUUCGCAUCACUUUUCGAGACAAUGGAGUCACUCCGCCAUCAGCGCUUACAGCCCGGUAUCGGAUACGGAGCGAGCGCGACCGGGACUCUCCGAUCCCUGCGGCCCGGUGUAACCGGUACGCUUUCUUCGGCGCAGACUUCCCAUAUCUCGGUGUCUUCCUCCCCGGGGCCGCCGCCACCACCUCCGCCCCUGCAGCUCCACAGCCUCGGGUCCGGUUUCAUGGGCAGCACGGGGUUCGGUUCGGUGGACAUGGCGACGGCGGCGGGUCUGGGUCUGUCCAAUCCCACAAAUCCGGCAGUGCUGCGAGAGGCGGUGGACGCGGUGGUCCGCAGCUUUGCGAAACACACGCAAGGAUACGGCAGGGUGAAUGUGGUGGAGGCCUUACAGGAAUUCUGGCAGAUGAAGCAGUCACGGGGUGCAGAUCUGAGGAAUGGAGCUCUGGUGGUGUAUGAGAUGGUCCCAUCCAAUAACCCCCCAUACGUCUGCUAUGUCAGUCUUCCUGGGGGAAGUUGCUUCGGGAGUUUUCAGUUCUGCCCAACCAAAGCUGAAGCAAGACGGAGCGCAGCCAAAAUUGCGCUAAUGAAUUCUGUUUUCAAUGAACAUCCAUCUCGCCGCAUCACAGAUGAAUUCAUCGAGAAGAGUGUGUGUGAGGCUCUAGCUUCCUUUAAUGGAAACCGAGAAGAAGCUGAUAACCCCAGUACAGGCAUUGGUGCAUUUCGGUUUAUGUUAGAGUCAAACAAGGGGAAAUCUAUGCUAGAGUUCCAGGAACUGAUGACGGUUUUCCAGCUGCUCCACUGGAAUGGAAGUCUCAAAGCCAUGAGAGAAAGACAGUGCUCCCGUCAGGAAGUGCUUGCUCAUUAUUCUCACCGUGCUCUCGAUGAUGACAUGCGAACACAAAUGGCCGCUGACUGGGUCAACCGAGAACACGCGUUAUCUGGUACCAUCAAUCGGGAGCUUGCCGCUACGGAACGCGAACUGGAAGAGGCCCGUCUGGCUGGACGAGAGCUUCGGUUUUAUAAGGAAAAGAAGGACAUUCUGCUGAUGGCGGUGGGGCAGCUAGGUGGGUCAAACACUACAACUCUGCCCUGCACAUGCUGAGAACAUGAAGAACAUCCAACAUGGCAUAUGAUUGUGACAGACCAGCCAACAGAGAAGUCUAAGAUAGCACUCCAAAUCUCAAAACAGCCUUUUUAAAUGUGUGUGUGUUUUUGUGUGAGAAGGAGUCAAAGAUUCAGCAUUGUGAAUAAUUCCAUUGCCAAAACAAUUUCAUCUAAUCAUCCAUUUCUGUCAGUGGAGAAUGAACAUUUGAAAAAUCUUUGUGAAGCUUUUUUUUUUUUUUUAAGAUCUGUACAAAUAACGCAUUUUAAACUUGAAACUGAAUCAAGCGCUAUUUUGCUGCAUUAUUACUAUAUCAGUAUUAUCCUCCAGUAUUAUCGUCAUAGAUUGACUGUACUGGCACAUGGAGCUACUGUGUCUGAGUUGGAGAAUCAGUUUUGUAUGAGGCCUUCUUGAAAAUAUUUGCAUUGUAGUUCUCUUGAAUUCUGUAAUGCAUGGGCGCUGCUUUUUUUAGCUAAACACCAAAGCGCUGCCCAUUCGCUUAUCUUAUGAGAUACAGAUGUGUGGUCACAUUGGACUAGUUAAUUCAAAUAUUCUGCAGUUAUAUUCACAAACUAGGCUUAGUCAUUUUUUUGACACAUAUGCGCUUUAGGUGCAUAUACAAACGUUGCUUUUAAGCGCAUAAUGUUUAUGUAAACACAAUCAUAUUUAUUACCUUUAAGUUAACCAGUCUUGUAGUUAUUGCCAUGAAAGCCAAAAACCUUGGCGUAGAUCUUUGCUUUGGAAGCGACAACGCUAUGAGGGUAAGGUUUUCUCAGACUGUCAUAGCACCUUUCACACUGACCAUUUUCUUCAACCUAUUAACAGAAGCUGUGUAAUAUUCAAACUCCACACAAUGCACUAUUUUCAGAGUUGUCCCGUUAUUAGUUUGCCUUCUGUUAUUGUUGUGAUUGUAGAGCAGUCAUGCUCAUUUCUGGGCAACAUUUAUUUUCUACCUCCUUUCUGAAAGCUUUUUUAUAUGCAUUUGUGAACACUUAUUACCACGUAUACCCAUAUGCAGAUUUGUGCAUGGAAAAUGGUUUGGAUUGAGAUGCUUCUCUCAGAAUAACACAGGAAGUAAAAGCAGAUAUGCCAUUUUAUAGAAGCUUUGUUGCAAAAUCCCAAGGUCCUCUGUAUUAUGAUUUUGAAAUGAUAACUUGAAAUGAUAACAUAAUCUUUCAUCAAUAUUUCAUCAUCAUAAUUUUACAAGUUAAUGAGUGAAGUAACAAUGUAAAUUCAAUACUGCUACCGAGAAGCAGGACUGUCAGUGUUGUGUUGAUCAUUUCAAGCAUGUAGCUGAACUACAAAACUUUCACCAGUGAAAUUGCCAAGUGGCUUUCAAAAACGUUUUUGAAAUUAAAGUGUUUACAUCGGAAAAUUCUGCUUAAACUGACUUUGAUAUGUCCAUCCUGUUUGCUUUUCCUACUUUUAUUCUCACCAAAUCUUUUGAAAUCUGUUGUUGCUUAAAUGGGAAGCUGCUGAAUCUUCACGCAAACACAUCUCAAUGUCUUUUCUGUUUCAAUAAGAAAUGUAAUGAAGAUCAGUGUAGGAUGUGCGUGGUGUGAAACAUUAUCAGACACUGCUUACUGCUAGCUGGUUUAAUAGUUAAAGUUACAGAGUAGCUUUGAGAACAGCUCAAGACAGAUGGUGAGUUUAUAGACUAGUUAUUAUACCACUCGAGAAAUAAGGAUGUUAAUUUCACUAAACUAUGCAUUCACAGAUUUUUGUUGAGAACAUUUAGGCGCAUUCAUUUUGUCAAGUAUGACAUAUGAAAUAUUCACCUCACCUCUUUACCCCUCUAUAAAGACUUUCACAAUAGGCCUACUUUGUUGGCGAUUGUACUGGAUCACUGCAAAUUGUUUAUUCAUUUGGGACCAUUUGAAUUUUUUGAUAUCACAAUGAUAAAUUUUGGGAAAAACAGGAAAUUGCUACUAAUAGUAGUAUUUGGAGUUACUAUGAUAUUUCAAAGAAAUUAUCUCAUAAAUUGUGUCAUGUUUAUGAAAAUAACUGCUUUGUGAAUACAUCCUUAAUGUAAAAAAAUUCAAUACCUUGCAAAACCCCCCUGUUGUUUGUAUUUAUGAUAGUAACUUGGUACUUUAAAUGUUUGAUUAUUCCAUCAUAUUCCCAUAAGUGUACUGACAAUCUAAAUUUACAGUAACCUUUACAAUAUGGUUUCAUUCGUUACCAUUAAUUAAUGCAUUAGGUAUCAUUAACUAACAAGGAACAAUAUAUAUAUAUUUUUUUUUUACAGUAUAUAUGAAUCUUUGUUAAUGUUAGUUCAUAAAAAUACAAUUGUUCAUUGUUAGUUCAUAGUGCAUUAACUAAUUCUAACAAAUACAACUUUUGAUUUUAAAAAUGUGUUAUUACAGUAUAUGUUGAAAUUAACGUUACCCAAGUUUAAUAAAUGCUGUAAAAAUAUUGUUCACUGUUAAUCCAUGUUAACUAAUGUUAACAAAUGGAACCUUAUUGCAAAGGGUUACCAAAUUGCAUAUACAUAGCAUAAUACAAUGCAUAAAACAUGUUGUUAUUGCAGAUUGUACAAUUUUAUAAAAUUUGUAUGGCCUUUCCCCUGCUGUUUUUUUUUCCUUUACACUUUUGUUUACCAAAAUUAUUUUUCAAUUAAUGCUUAAGGUAGUGAAAUUUAAUCAGUGCAUGUGAAACAUUUUAUACAUUCUCUAUUGGUUUUGUAUGAAGUUUAACUGCCAUUUGACAUGUUUUAUAAUAUUUUGAUGCAUAACCAAUGUAAUUUUUUUGUUGAUUUAUAUUCUUUACAAAUCAAUAAAGAGCAUUUCAUACA